AUGACAGACUCAGAAUCGAGUUCAUACCAUCAUCAGGCAAGAGGAGUGCCAUUCAAACCAUCGGAACAUGAACAUCGACGUGGCCAUCGAGAUCUUUUAAAGGCACUCUCAGACCACCCAAAAAGCGGUAGUAACGGUAAUUUAACUCGAACGUCGUCUGCCUCGUCUAAGACUUCAGAACAUCCAAGUGCUGUGGAGUCCACAUCUAAUGAGGACGGUCUUAGCCAUUCUGAAAGCUUUGGAUAUCAUUCUUCCAAAUCGGAAGACCAUUCACAUGCUUCAUCAGCCUCUCACUUUUUAAGCAGCGUCUUGACAGUGGCUCAGAAUGCUGCUAAUUCCUUGGCAGGGCUAAAAAAUGGGGAACAUGAGGAAUCGUCUAGAUCCUAUAGCGAAGCUGAUGAAAGUGAAAGCGUGAGUGAGGCCAGUAUGAGCCAUCAACGGGGAGAAGACGGUAAAUUGAGUGAAGUAAAAAUUGAACCAGUUCGUUCAACCAUUUCAACAAUGGGCAAGGGCGAGCUAUCAUUAGCCACGCUAGGGUUUUCUCGAGAUUCAGGGUCCCAGCACAGGGCUGCAACUCCUUCAGGUGAAGGAAAGAAGUCACCCCAGCUUACCGACUCAUUGAAGCCGACCUCACCAAACGCAAACGAAGGUUAUGUCUCAGGAGGUGAAGGUGAAUUCAAUCUCCCGGAAUUCCAUUCUAAUAAAUUUAAGAGAUCGGUUAGCAUAACCAGAAAUAGAUCUCGUCGGAAUACAAACAAGUCUAUGGAACAACCACCAUUUAGAGCAGUUAGCUCGUCAACAGUAAGCACUGAAUCAAAUGAAGAUGAGGAUUCACCUGAAGAUAGUGUCACAGCGUUUCCUGAGGGCGCUGAUGGUGAUCAUCACUUGACAGGAUUUGCAUAUGCCAACCAGAAACGAAAUAAAGAAUUCCAUCGUUUAUUCAAAUCGGUUCAGCCUGACGACUAUCUCCUGGAUGAUUUCAAUUGUGCUCUCAGCAAGGAGAUUCUGAUUCAAGGUAAAAUGUACGUUUCUGAGCGACAUGUUUGUUUCAAUUCCAACAUUCUCGGUUGGGUUACAAAUCUUGUUAUUGCAUUCGACGAAAUUGUUACUAUGGAGAAAAAGAUGACUGCCGGUCUAUUCCCCAAUGGUAUCGUAAUCCAGACAUUACAUGCUCGACACUCGUUUGCAAGUUUCGUCAAUCGAGACAGCGUGAUUGACUUUCUCAUGAGUAUUUGGAAGAAGAGUAGUCCUCAUCAACCAAAUCGGUCGGAGGCGUAUGCGAAUGGGUCUGCUGUUAAUAUGUCAGACUCAGAGUCGACAAGCUCCACCGACAAGGAAAGGAAUAGGGAAGUUGAUUCUGAUGAUGGAUCGUUUUCAUAUGGAUCUAGUGGAGAAGUCAUCAGUGAUGAACUUGACACGGAUGAUGAAUUUGGUGAGACUGCUAGAGACAGUCCGAGCGAAAGUGCCAACAAAGAUAGCUCUGGGGGUAAAGCUCCUGCAGCUGGAAAUGGCUCAGGAGACGGAGCAGGCGCUGACUCAGGUUCUGGAUCAGGCUCUUGGCCCGUUCCUCUUGAGGGUCCAGAAACUCAUGCUCCAACCGACUUGCCUGCAUUAGACGCCAAUGAUAAGGAGCUAGCAACGGAAACAAUUCAUGCUCCACUUGGCAUUGUCGCGAAUCUUCUUUUCGGAUCUGAUUCCACAUGGUAUAAGAAGUUUUUGACGGAAAAUCAAAAGAAUAUCAAGCUUGGCGAAGUGCCACCGUUUGAGGCCGAUGGGGGCAAUAAAACUCGUCAUUACGAAUACGUAAAACCAUUAAGUGGUCCAGUGGGCCCAAAACAAACAAAAUGUAUUAGUACAGAUACAAUUGAAAAGUGGGAUCUUGAAAACUACGUCGUAGUAACUACAGCUACAUCUACUCCUGAUGUUCCAAGUGGUGGCUCAUUUGUUACGAAGUCUAGGACUGGCCUCUGUUGGGCACCCGGGAAUAGCACCAAGAUUGUUAUAUCUUAUCACAUCGAGUGGUCGGCAAAGAGUUGGCUUAAGGGGCCAAUUGAAAAAGGAGCACUGGAUGGACAAACUCAGUAUGCUAAGGAUUUGGUAGCUGCGAUUAACAACACAUUGAAAUCAAAGAGUAAAUCUAAGGCACCUGGUGGAAUUGCUGUCACACACAAGAAGCCACUUAAAAAGAAGAGGAGAGAAAAGGUUAAGAAAGUCAAGAUUGAUGUUGCAUCUGCUCCCAAGAGUAGCCUUGAAAAGUUUAUGAAUUUACUGACGGAAAAUCCAGUACCUGGUGUCCCUCUUCCUACAUGGGCUUUGUUGACUAUUGGCAUAAUUCUCUUCUCUGCAAUUCGAUGGAUGUUUUUCUCGCCAUCGGUACCCACCGAAGUUGAACAAGCACGAUUGAUGCGGGUUGAGGAGGAAUAUCAGAUGUGGAAAUGGUUUGAAGAUAGAGGACGAGUGGGACAUCCUCUUGUGCAUAGAGGUGAGGGUAAAUUCGACGAUGGCGAUAUACUUCGUUAUCCUAUUUUCCAGCCAGGCGUAUCUAGCCAUGUUAAAGGCAAGAAAGGCUCUUAUUCCGAGCAGGAAGUGUUGGAAGCAAUUCGAAUUACAGAGCAUAGAUUGAGCAUAUUGAAAGAGCGUUUGAAUUCAACGUGA